ACUCCUGCGUUCCACCAUGACUGCCACGCUUUGGGCUACCGUCUCCGUUUCCCUGCUGCUCCUCUGCUCUGCGGCUCCAGCAGAAAAUGAGUGCAGCCAGCUGACCCGGACUCUGACAGCUAACCAGCUCCAGCAGAUUCUGGGCCGCUGGAUCUUCAUUGAGGGGACAUGUCAGCAUGACUUCUUUGGGCCUAUAUUGGACGGCAUUGAAAGCAUGUGGAUGGUGCUGAACAGGACGGCAGACAACCAGACGCUCCUCCUAGAUCAGUCAAGCCGGGUGGCACCGCACCAGCAGCAGUCAGAACGAUGCCUGCGAACCUCCAUGAAUGUUACCCUGGUCGACAGCAAAGAUCUGGAGCUGUACAUCCCACCUGGUAGAUCCUACCACAGGUUCCUCACCACCUGCCCUGACUGCCUGCUCAUGUUCUCCUACAACAAAGAAAACAGCUUUCAGAUGCUCUACCUGUUUGGUAGAACUACAACCAUGGCCGCCGCUGAUCUGAACACCUUCAGGAAACAAGCUGCAUGCCUCCAGUUUCCACUGCCGUCCAGGUUCCAGUACGAUACUAGCAAAGGACCCACUCCCACUCUUCCCUCACAGAUCCAGCUGUGGGACACCGCCGGCCAGGAGCGCUUCAGGAAGUCCAUGGUUCAGCACUACUACCGCAACGUUCACGCCGUCGUGUUCGUCUACGACGUCACCAACGCCGCCAGCUUCCGCAGCCUCCCCGCCUGGAUCGAAGAGUGCAAGCAGCACGCUCUGGGCUCCGAGGUUCCCAGGAUCCUGGUGGGAAACAAGUGCGACCUGCUGGACUCGGUUCAGGUGGGAACGGACUUAGCGCAGCAGUUCGCAGACGCUCACUCCAUGCCGCUGUUUGAGACGUCCGCUAAGAGUCCAAACAGCCCAGGGGACAGGAAGUCCCUCAGCAGCGACCACGUGGAGGCCAUCUUCAUGACCGUGGCGCAUAAGCUGAAGUCCCAGAAGCCGCUGGUCCUGAGUCAGCCGCCCGAGGGGUCAGGGGGCACCGUGACCCUGAACGCCGGGAGAAACGAUGGGGCGGACGGGGGCAGCAGUUGGAGCUGUGGCAGUUGCUAAGCAACAGGGGACGGACAUUGCUGGGUUUACUGGUUCUGGGAUCAGAACCAUUACAGCUCCUAGUCCUCAUGCCGCAGCAGAACCCUGAUGGACCUUCCAGCUCCUGGACAACGAGCCCAGAACUGUUCUGAAGCAUAAACCCAAAUAUUUUACCAUCCAUUUCAAAUAAAAGCUGUUUUCUUUCAUUAAUGGAGACCAGAAGUGAUGAGAUGGACCCGUCCAGAACCGUCCAUCACCAUUGAUUUGUGCCUUCCGGACCCAGACCCGGAUCCAUCCCUCUGCCCACCCAGACCCGGAUCCAUCCCUCUGCCCGCCCAGACCCGGAUCCAUCCCUCUGCCCGCCCAGAACUGGAUCAAUCCUUCUGCCCGCCCAGAACUGGAUCCAUCCCUCUGCCCGCCAGGAACCGGAUCCAUCCCUCUGCCCGCCCAGAACCGGAUCGAUUUUUAAUUUAAACUGAUCAAAUGAUGAAAGAAAAUUGUUCUUUGCAGGUUCUACAAAUUCUGUUCAAUGUUUCUAACAGCACUUUUUUUUAAAAAUGGCUGCUCAUCCCAUGAACCCCUGAAGCAUCUAGGGGUCACAAACCCAAUAUUGAAAACAGUAGAAGUAUGAUGGAAGACUUUAAAGAUGUUAAGUUUACUUCUUUGGUAAAUAAUUUCUACUCAGGAACACUGGCUACGGUUGCUAACAAGGAAUGGUUGCUAACUGGUUCUGGUUGCAAACAUGGCCUGGAUGCUAAUAGGCUCAGGUUGCUAACAGGGCCUGGAUGCUAA